GCUGGGUGUGACGAAGACCACUGACCGCAACACUGCCUUCACCAUCACUCGUUCUGCCAAACUUUUUCUCCCGGUAACCUCUCUCUUUGAAGUCACCUUUCCUCGAGAUUUUUCGAUCAUCAUGACCUUACGGCGGAGAGCGGAGCAAGAAGGAUAUUCACUGGUCAUCAACGAUAUUUCAGGGCGGCAAAGAAUAGCUGUUUACAUCGGGAGACAACUCCGCCUGGAGUACUUAGACGUACCGUCGAAGCCUGUAGCCUCCCUUACUUUCGACGUGACGGUGGAGCCCGAGACGUGGUAUCACGUCGCCAUCAAGGUCCAAGGGAGACAAGCUGUGCUCUACUUCGACUGCAACAUUCGUCAUAGAGAAGAAGAUGAAAAGGGGAAGCAACUCCCUGGGAACCAACCUCAUGCUGUCAGUUGGACCGUACUUCGCAAAUUAUGGUUCUGCCUUCGAGGGAGACAUUGAGCAGCUGUCUAUCAGUGAAGAUCCCCAGCAGGCAGAGCGCCAGUGCCACUUUCAGACUGGCGACCACUUUGAACUCAUCAAAGAUGACAACGGUAACAACAAUGGUGGUGGUGUCAUCACGACGACUACAGUCAACCCCCAGAAAGACACAAAAACUGCUCGACCUGUCGCUGUGACUUGCCGCGUGCCAUGUCAGAACGGCGGCACGUGCAAUGAGAGCGGGAUGUGCGCUUGUCCGCUCGGCUACACAGGAGAUUCCUGUCAGUCAGCACUGUGCAGUACUGGAUGUCAAAAUGGGGGAAUUUGUUCUCAUCCUGGACACUGCAAGUGUUUUGGAAAUUUCACCGGAAAUUUUUGUGAAACUCCUGUCUGCAGCCCGCCUUGUGUAAACAGUGGUCAGUGCAUUGGAAACAACCAGUGCGCAUGCCCGUAUGGGUCAGUUGGUCAAGACUGCCAGCCUUUUUGCCGACAAGGAUGCCACAACGGCGGGUGUGUGUUCGUUAUGACAAGUGUCGGUGUCCUAAAGGCUACACCGGCCAGUCGUGCACGCAGGCUGUUUGCCGUCAUGGCUGUGCUAACGGAGGCAAGUGUGUUUCGCCCAAUCGCUGUUCUUGCCCGGCCAACUUCCGGGGCAAAAACUGCAACAAACCUCGUUGUCGUCUCGCGUUGUAGGAAUGGAGGCACGUGCGUGGCCCCUAACGUGUGCGCAUGUACCGCCGGCUACUGGGGUCCCCGCUGCAAAAAAUAUAAAUGCGACAAGAAGUGUCGAAACGGGGGGAAAGUGCGUGGGCCCCAACAGGUGCGACUGCCCGACUGGCUUCUCGGGUCGUUGGUGUCAAAGAGAUACACCUGCGAUGACAUCACCAGACACCUGCAAUAUAACCUGUCUUAAUGGAGGGCGAUGUCGCAAGGACACCUGUCGGUGUCCCAAACACGUUUUCGGGCGCCGAUGUGAGCGCAGGUCCUGCAAGUACGAGCCACAUAAUGUCCCGUACAAGAAGACAUACAAACGAAUAGUGAAAGAGGAGGUCAUGACCCGUUGCGGGCCGUGGAACUGGAGGACUUGUGUACGAACCAGGUUAAAGUACAUCACCAUCACCACGGAUGCUGUUAGGACUGUCUACCGCUGUGUCUAGCAUCCGGGGCCGAUAGACACCGCCAGCCCCUUGUCGUGACUCCGUCCUUGUCACUAACUUCCAAACUGCCAGUCUUUCCUCGGUGACGACGCCAGACUACGGCGUUCUACGUCCCUCGCACGUGAUCGUUGUUCUGUGAACAACUAACCUGUUCAUAAUUUUUGCUAAUUUAUUUCGAGUGCACGUUGUUGUAGUGCAGUAUUUAUUGUUAUUGUUGAUUUGUUAUCUUCUUGAAGGAAUGCGAUGUGAGCAAGAAAAUAAAUGAAUGUCACGA